UAAGUCCAUCCGCUGUUAACAGUACUCCAUUAUCACUUUACUUUCGCAACGACGAAGAAGAGAAAUCAUGGGUGCUGCAGCUUCAUCCUCCUCUUCUUGUGCAUUUUUUCCCAAGAAAUACGAUGUGUUUCUGAGUUUCAGAGGUGAGGACACUCGUAAAACCUUCACCAGCCAUCUCCACACAGCCCUAUGCCAAAGAGGAAUUCGAACAUACAUCGAUUAUGAGCUCCCAAAAGGCGAUGACAUUUCCCAAGCACUCAUCCGAGCGAUUGAAGACUCAAGCAUAUCUUUGGUUAUCUUCUCUGAAAACUAUGCUUCCUCAAAAUGGUGUUUGAAUGAACUCGUGAAGAUACUUGAGUGUAAAGAGAUCCAAGGACAGCUUGUUAUUCCUAUUUUCUACCAAGUAGACCCAUCUCAUGUUCGCAAUCAAACGGGAACUUAUCAGGAGGCAUUUGCAAAACAUUCUACGCAAAACCCAUCAGAGAAGGUGAACAAGUGGAAACGUGCUCCUUUUGAAACUGCAAGCUCUGCUGGCUGGGACUCUCGGAUCUGUAGGGACGAAUCACAACUGAUUCGUAAUAUUGUCAAUGACAUUUUGGACAGACUGAACCGCAUGUAUCCAAUAAGUACAUCACAUGGUCUUGUUGGAAUUGAGGAGAAUGUUGAUUGUAUUAAAUCGUUAUUGGAACAUGUCUCAAUAGUUGGAAUUUGGGGCAUGGGCGGUAUAGGUAAAACAACUAUGGCCAAAGUUGUAUUCAGCAAUCUCUCCUCCCAAUUUGAAAGCUGCUGUUUUUUUGAAAAUCUAAGAGAAGAAUCAGAAAAAUAUGGACUAAAGUAUAUACGUGAUAAACUUCUCAAAGAACUACUGAAGGAAGAAGAGUCCAUGGUUGGGUUCACAUUUGCCAUGAGAAGACUUGGUUGUAAAAAGGUUCUUAUUGUGCUUGAUGAUGUCAAUAGUGCAAAUCAGUUAGAAUAUUUGGCCAAAGAAUGUCAUUCCUUGAGACUUGGCAGCAAGGUCAUCAUAACGACAAGAGAUAAACAUUUGCUUCUUGGAAGAGUUAAUGAAAUAUACGAAGCUAAGCCAUUGAGCUCUGAUAAAUCGGUUAACCUUUUCAACCUCAAAGCCUUUCACAAUGAUAAUUAUGACAGUGAAUAUGAAGAACUAUCCGAGAGAGCUGUUUCUUAUGCCAAAGGUAAUCCUUUAGCUUUGAUCACCUUGGGUUCAUAUCUGCAUUCCAAAACUGCAGAGGAAUGGGAAAGCGCAUUGGCAAAAUUAGAGAAGACUACCCAUGAAGAUAUUCAUGCAUUGUUAAAAUUGAGCUAUGAUGGACUAGACCAUGAAGAAAGAGAAAUGCUUUUAGAAAUUGCUUGCUUUCUAAAAGGUAAAAGUGUAGAUCAAGUCGUAGCUCUUUUAGACAGCUAUGGCUACCAUGCAAGAAUUGGCUUGAGGACCCUUGUAGAUAAGGCUCUCGUACGUAUUCCUUAUUAUUAUGUGGAGAUGCAUGAUUUAAUACAACAAAUGGGUCGGGAAAUUGUUCGUCAAGAGUGUAUUAAAGAUCCUGGAAGACGAAGUCGACUGUGGAAUCCUGAUGAAAUCUAUGAUGUAUUGAAAAAUAAUCGGGUAACUGAUGCAAUUGAAGGCAUAAGUUUUGAUUUGUCUCAAAUUGGAGAUAUAUGCUUACCUUCUCACACCUUUGAAAAGAUGACUCAUUUGAGAUUUCUCAAAUUCUAUUCAUCUAAUCCAGAUAGGAGAGCAUGUGUGAAUGCUCCCUCAAGUCUAGAGUCAUUUUCCAAUGCAUUACGAUAUCUUCACUGGGACAAUUUUCCUUCUGAGGCUCUACCACCAUCUUUUUCUGCAGAGAAGCUUGUUGAACUUAGUUUGAAUGGCAGUCGGCUUAAAAAAUUGUGGGAUGGAAUGCAGGAUAUGGUAAAUCUAAGGGGAUUAGACCUUGGCGGAUCUAAACAAUUGGUAGAGCUGCCUGAUUUCUCCAGGGCACAAAAUCUUGAAUGGGUGAAUCUCACUUCAUGUGAAAGUUUAUACCAUCUUCAUCCAUCUAUUUUAUCUCUCAAGAGACUGAAGUCUUUGGCGCUUGAGAAUUGCAUAAACCUGAAGGAUUUACAAGGUGAGAGUCAUUUGAAAUCUCUAGAGAGCCUCAAUGUUGGUAAUUGCUAUUUCAGGGAAUUUUCACUAUCAUCAGAGAGCAUGAGAGUUUUACACUUAGAUAGAACAGGCAUUGAGUUAUUAGGCUCAUCAAUUGGGCAUCUCGGGAAACUUACCAGUCUCUCUCUCAAUUGCUCAAGACUAAAGAAUAUUCCAGUAAGUGAGUUUUAUGGAUUGAGGUCUCUCAAGGAUCUUUCUCUUUAUGAUUGCGGAGAGGCAAUUGAUGAAUCGAAGUUACAUAUCUUGUUUGAUGCUUUGCGAUCUCUGAUAAGUGUUCAUUUGGAUGGGAGUUGCACCUUAAAUGAACUCCCCAACAAUAUCAAGCAUCUAUCAAGACUAGAAUUUCUUUCCCUGGAGAAUUGCAAGGGCCCUCUAUCUUUACCCGAGCUUCCACCAUCCAUCAAAGAGUUAGAUUCCACCAACUGCACAUCAUUAAGGACAUUGAUACUCACUUCUAGUACGGAAUUUCCAUUGUUGCCACAGCAAAUAUUAACACCCUAUUCCUCAAUCAGUUAUCUCAGAAAUCUAAGAAGACUUAUUCUUUCAGGUUGCAACGCAGAGAACCAUUCACUUUCACAUAUCAUGGCCUUUUCUAAUUUCUGUUUGAAGCGUGGGGUGCAUACAAAUCAAAUGGUUGAUGUUUGCUACCCAGGGAGAGAAGUUCCAGAUUGUUUUAAAUAUAAGACAAUCGAGGUUUCCAACUUCAUAACUAUCGAGCUUUCUUCAACCAUGAACAACUUGCAAGGCUUCAUUUUCUGCUCUGUUCUUCCGCAAUUCACUCCAAAGGAAAGCUGUUCUUACCGCUUGAAAUGCCAAAUUUAUGAUGAAGAUGGUGAUCAAUGUGGCACAAGUUUGAGUUUUGUUAUACCGAAUGUUAAUUCACAUCAUGUUUUUCUAUGGAACACUCGUGAAAACAUAAUCACAAAAAUAUCCAGACACCAACUGCAAGCCAAAGCUUUCAUUUGAAUUUUAUGUUGUUGCAUAUGAUAGUGAUGAUUUUCUGAAAUACAGUUUUAUGAAGGAAACAAAAUAUGAUGGAUUGAUCAUUGAAGCAUGUGGAGUCUGCCCAAUAUAUGCCCCAGAUUAUCACAACUUCCUUCAACAGAUGGAAUUAGAGUUGAGCAUGAAGGAAGAAAAUGCUUUUGAUGAUAUUGAGGAGCAUUCAUUUCGUGGAAUACUGGAAUAUGCUAGUUUCUCGCUGAAGCGAGGAAAAUGUGAAAAUUCUGAAAGAAGCAUUAUUCCAGAAUGGUUUGCGUGCAAAAAGCUCGACGAAGGAGUCUUCUGUCUUUGUUCAGCUUAAUCCUAGUUUAGAUGGCUUAUUGGGUUUCAUUUUCUGCUUUUUUAUUCCUCAGUUCUCCUUGAAAGAGAGGGAUCACAAUCACUCGUCGUGUGGAUACUACGAUGAAAAUAGCAUCUAUCAAGAAGGCCCAAGAGGAUGGCAUUACUCAAUGAUCGAAUUGAAUUCAAAUAAUGUUUUCCUCUGGUAUGACCCCCUCUAUUGUGAACUUAUACUAGAGAAUAUCCAAAGCAUAA